AGAAGCUUUGGCUUAUUCUCCAUUCCACCAAGACUUGAGAGGAUUUACAACGCUUAGGGGAAGAGGCACACUCCGACCACGCAUCGUUCAGGAUACCUCGAAUGCGUUCACCGAUUUCUUCCAUGUCCGCUGCCGACCAAAACACACACAGUAGCUGUACAAGUUUCUCGCCGACUUUUCUUGUGAAGCGUUCAGUAUACGAUGUGUCAUAUCUGGUCGAGUGCUCACCUGCAUAGGAUCACUUUAGGACCGCAUGGUCACUCCGGUGACUGCCUUCGGACAUCACACGCAAAGAGUCGCAGACUUGUGUGGGAUCGCCAACCCACACUAGGUCAAUACCCCUGGUCGCACAGCGGUAUUGUGGGGUGCCCAUGUUGGAGGCUGAACAUCUCUAUCGGGCUGAUCAAUGUGCAUACCAUGUGCGAUCUACUUCCAAGGGAUCAGACUGUAGGCUCCACCGCUGCUGACACCUCCACGUCUUUCGUUGAAGAUGAGGAUUCAAAAACGUUUACUGUCGGACUGUCAGAGUCGAUUUCUCCUACGGACCUGCUUGAGGCUGCCUAUCCUCCUUUGGUUGUUUGUUCAGCACCAGAACAGUCCGAUGCUUUACGACGAAAGAAAAACAUUCAAUUAGCGACGUUAUGCUUCUGUUUGUUCGUGGUGGGCUGGAAUAAUGGUACUGUCGGUCCUUUGCUACCUAGGAUUCAAGGAGUGUAUCAUGUCGGCUUUGCCGUGGUUUCACUCAUCUUUGUAUUUAAUGCUAUCGGCUUCUUGGUUGCAUCCGUCGCGAACGUCUAUCUAAGCGAUAAACUAGGUUUCGGCACAGUUAUGAUUAUAGGUGCCACCGUUCAAACAAUAGGCUACAUCUUGGACAGUGCAGCGUCUCCGUUUCCUGUCUUCGUGCUAGGCUAUUUCAUGAGCGGAUACGGUGUUGCCAUACUAGACGCUGGAAGUAGUGGAUACCUUACAACAUGGAGGGAUAGUACUCGAAUGGGUAUAAUGCAGGGUGUUUAUGGUCUCGGUGCACUUACAGCGCCAUUAUCGUCCACGCAGUUUGCACAACUACCCCAGUGGUCAUUCCACUAUCUCGUAUCAUUAGCGUUGUGUGUUCUUAAUAUCACAUUCUUAUCCUUGGCAUUCCGCUUCCGGAGGCAGGAUGAUUGUCUUCAAGAAAUAGGACUGACUCCUGCUCCGCCUCCGGCGUUGAGCAUCCAGGUGAACAAGUAUAGGCAGAUAAUUAGGCUCAAAGAGGUCCAUUUGCUUGCCCUCUUCUUACUAUUGAAUGUAGGUGUCACGUCUACACUUGGUGGCUGGAUUGUGACAUACAUUAUAGAUGUUCGGAACGGUGGGCCGUCAUCUGGAUACAUAUCGUCUGGCUUUUACACGGGGGUCACGCUCAGUCGAGUCCUCCUUUUAUGGGUUAACAAGAAGAUCGGCGAGCGUCGAGUUAUCUUUAUAUACAUAGUCCUUUCACUUGCGCUGGACCUGGUCGUCUGGCUUGUCCCAUCCCUAAUCGGCGAUGCGAUAGCCAUCGGAUUUAUCGGUUUCCUCUGGGGACCUAUCUAUCCUCUAGUCAUGAACCAUGCUGGGCUUAUCCUACCGCCGUGGAUUCUGACUGGAUGUGUCACUUGGAUUAUAGGAUUCGGUCAAGGUGGUUCGGGGUUUAUACCAUUCUUAACUGGUGCCCUGGCUCUGAAAGCUGGAAUAGCGAGUCUGCAGCCUUUUGUUGUGUCCCUCAUGGGGUUCAUGAUUAUUGUUUGGUUCCUCAUUCCCAGUACUCCUUGUCAUGUCGACUAAGGUAUCUAGGGUAUAAUCGUUGGGUUACAGAAGUCGCACCACAUCUCAAAAA